GGAAAAAGUGACAAUUAGACUGACAGGUUGAGGAAUAUGUGCAGAGAUGACUUUUGUGAUGUGUAAGAUUCAAAGGCAUAGGUGUUAAUCCUACAGCGCCCCUUUGUACAGGAGCUGUGGAGCUGUACAAAGGCUGAGAAUGUCCAGUCAACCUGCGCUGACAUGUCUGUACACAUUCUCUGGGUGGCUGGAAGACUUAGAACCUGUGCCAGGUCUGAAGGUCAUGUCUCAAGACACUGGUCAGCUGGUCGAGAGGGACAGGCCUUUUAACAUGUUCUUUAUAUGCUUGAAUGCCCUUGAGCUAGACGACAGAUUUGAACACGCACUUUUCUGGUAGCUACAGACAAGUUUGAUGUGCUUAUCACCAUUAGGACAAAGAUACAUGUACUGUAUGAAAAUGUAUAGGGGAUGUAUACAGUGAACUUCUAGCUAGCCCAGGCUGCUGUAGCUUGUGAAAGACUGUGGUCAAACAUGUCCAGUAUUAAGACAUAUGCUCGCAUUAAGCCUUCUCUGACUCAGUUUGAGGAUGUUGAUGUUGUUGAUACCGAUCUGUUCCUGAGGAUACCGGAUACUGUCCAGUAUUACACCUCAUUUGGCAAAGGACGCAAUAAGAUAACCCACCAGUUUCACUUUGACCAUGUGUUUGGGGAGCAUGCUAAUCAAGAGGAUGUCUUUAACACGGUGGCCAUAGAGAUUGUGGAUGCAUUUGUGAAUGGCUACAAUGGGACUAUAUUUGCCUAUGGUCAGACUGGUACGGGGAAGACAUACACAGUUGAGGGUGGGGCACGCAGGUAUAGUGAGAGAGGACUGGCAUCUAGAGCGGUCUCCAGGAUCUAUCAUAGUCUGGAGGAGCGGGAGGAAGAGGUGGUGUCUGUGAAGGUGUCCUUCCUGGAGAUUUACCAAGAGGUGGGCUAUGACUUGCUUAGCCCAGCCUCACGCACAGGCUGGCUGGUCACUCCAUUUCCCAGGGUGUCAGUGAUGGAAGGUCCUGGGAGCAGCUGCCUCAUUCGUAACCUCUCUUGUCAUCUGGCAGCCAGCGAGGAGCUUGCACAGAACCUCCUUCUCCAAGGACAGGCCAAUCGGAAAGUUGCAGAGACACCUGUCAAUCAGCGAUCAUCCAGGUCACAUGCAGUUUUCACAGUCUUCCUCACCACAAAGAAACCAAACUCAGACAUAGUUGUUAGGUCAAAGCUCCACCUGGUGGAUCUGGCAGGUUCAGAGAGAGUGGCUAAGACAGGGGUGGAUGGCCAGCAGCUGAGUGAGGCCAAAUCUAUCAACCUGUCCCUGCAUCACCUGGAGUCCGUCAUCAUAGCUCUGCAGUCUGGCCCAGGGGAUAAAAAACAGGCCAGGAGAGGGAGCUCCGAUAUGGGAGUAGAGAUGACCUCUGACCCUCAUUCCAGCCCCAAACAUGUGCCUUAUCGAAACUCUCUACUUACUAUGGUGCUGAGAGACAGUUUAGGAGGGAACUGUCUGACUGCUAUGAUAGCCACAGUGUCAUUGGAGUGGCCAAAUCUUGGAGAGACAAUAUCAACUUGUCGAUUUGCCCAGAGAGUAGCUUGUAUCUCCAACUGCAUUCGUCGUAAUGAAGAGAUUGAUGACAAGUCCCUGGUGAAGAUUCUUAGGAGAAAGAUAGCAGAACUGGAGACAGAAAUCAGCUGUAUGAAGCUACAGAGUGAGGGUACUGAGGGUCAUUCUGAGGAGAUGUGUGGUAAGCUGAGCGAGGAGGACAAAGUUCAGUGUGUACAAAUCAUCCAGGACUACCUGGCCGGUAGACUGAGGGACCCCAUCACUGCAGGAAUUACAAGUCCAUUCAAAUUCCGUGAAUGUCUGAGAAUUCUAAAGGCUGUGGUGAAGGAGUCGUCUGUGAGUGUAAACAUGCCAGAUAAAUCAUCACAGAGACCAGCCUGCGGACCCUCACAACGACCCCACUCCACACCCUCGUCAGGCACCAGCCAAUCAAUCAGAGCUGAAGAAGAUCCUGUAAAUAAUGGGUUAGGGGAGGAAUAUUCAGAAUGUCCAUCCAGGGUAGUAAUGAGGAAUAGGAGUCAAUCCAUGAGUAACCUGGGAAGGCAUGCUGAAACCAGCUCCAUUCAGAAAUGCUCAAGUGUGACAAGAACCCAGUCUGUCUCAGGAGGAACUACAUCUGACUGUUGGACUGGUUUGAAAUCAGUCAAAAAGAGGCCUCAGUCAGCCCAGCCUGCAAUGGCUUCAUCAAAGUCUCCUUACCUACAGAAACAAGGGAGGAGGUCACGGAGAGCUGGGUCACCUUGGAAUUCUAAUGUCCACCAGACCCAGAGUGACAUAGACCUUACCAAUGUAGAUCUGAACAACUCAAGGAUUGUGGAGCUUAUCAGGCUUGUGGAUAAUCUAGAGAGUAAGCGUGGGUUGGUGGAGUCACAGAUCUCAGAACUAAAGACCCAUAUGAGUUACCUACGGGCCAAUGAUGCUGGAGGACAGGCUCUGCUUGAGGCCCAGUUGCUGGAGAAACGGCUCUACAAACGCCAGGCUUCCGUCAGCGCUAAACUGCAGAGGGUUUACCAGCAACUGUCUCGUUUGUCAGGUCAUGAAAACGAGCAUGAGCUCGCAGAUAGCCAUACUGUGGAUACUCCCUCAUGGCAGGACAAAUUUGGACAGCAUCGUAAAUCUGACGGCUCUCUCAACACUCGACAGGUCUUCCAAAAACUCCAGACAGAGGAUAACAUACCGGCAAAGAAAGAGUUUGCAUCAGACAAUGGAACAGCUGAUAGUGAAUUAGACAUGAAGGUGGAAGCCACGCGACAAAAACUUUCCCAUUUUAAAAGGUUGUUAACUCAGAAGGACUCAUUGAGGUGUGAGUGGGCUGGUGGCAGUCCGGCGCCUAAGGGCCAGGGGCAGCCAUUCUCCAGCCCCACCCAGACUUCCACACCCAACAGCAGAGCACUGGCAGGGGAGAUGGACAGGAGGGGGCUGAGACAGAACAAGGGCUGGGCCAGCAGUAGUCUAAGGAUUGAGGACCUGAAGGGUGGGGUAGAUACAAGUAUAAGCCAGAGAUUCGAGGUAGUGAAUGGCCAGGACAACGACAGUUACCCAUUAACACUGCAACAGUGCUUCUCUGAGGACACAAGGAAGUUCCUUGAAGAAAGGCAACCAGGAAUGCAGUUCUCAGAACUGCCUGGAAGCAGCCUGUAUAACUCGGUCAAACAGCCUGUCCAAGACUUGGAGCAGCACACAGAAUUGGCAGUAGAUAACCGUCAGCUGUACACACCAAGUGAAUAUGUCAACCAGAUUGACAAACGAGAAGUGUUUGAUGCACAUCAAAUGGGACUCUACUCUAAAACAUUUGAAAGUGCUCUCCAUUCUAUGCUGGAGAGGGAUAAUGCCAAGCUGUUUUCCCACAAGAAUUAUAAUAAGUAUGCGAGAAGGAGACCAAGAUACAGUAGCCCUAAUAGGACAACAUCGUGGGACACAAAGGACCAGAUUGAUGAUUUGUCCCCUGCCCCAGAGCCAUACCGAAUGCCCCAAGAUUGCCUUAGCAGUCCGAUGGUUAAGGAAACACACUCUACAGAACUCUCAAGCAUGUAUGGAUCACACAGGAUGAAUGCUGAUUGGUCUCCCUUUUCAGAAUAUAUUAGUGAUGACAUAGGGGUAAAGGUCAAGGCCAUACCAGAGAACGAGCAAGAGUUUUCUUUCUUGUCCAAAGCUAAGGAGCAGAAAAAUCGAAUAGAGAAAAUCCGGAGAGCCCAGCACUCAGCGUCUGUGAUACAGAGGGCCUGGCGUCAACACCGCUGUAGGACUGUCAAUAGAUCCUAGGUCAGCUUUGGUGACAUCACUGUUUCACCAUCAGUAUCACACUCCCCAGUUCAAGUUCUAGGUGACAUCCUUAACUGUGAAAGAAAUGAUCUUAGUUCAAGACGUACCAUCUGUCUUAGAGAGAAUCUUACUUGAGUGCUUGCACCAGAUCUAGAGUGUGAUGAAAUUUCAGCGCUUCCACAUUACCCUCAUCACACAAUGGGACAGAGGUCACUUUUGCCGACAGACUGUCAAUAGAUCUUAGUUUGGCACUAAGCGAAAGUCCUUCAAUCGUCCUAAUGACAGGACUGCAAGGGGAUAGCCACUGUGACGAAAUUCAGCCAUCGGAAUAUUCCGUCUGACAGGUCACUGGACCAAGCCGACUGCCCACAGGCAUGUCAGAAUGAAUUAAUGCAUCUAGCAGCAUGUCAGUGAAGAUGUCCAUGGAAGAGUACACUUUAUUAGGACAAUAUCCACUAAGUAUUAUGAAAAUGUCCAAAAGCUUUUUUCAGUAACAAUUGUUAGACGUUGCUUGGAAUUACUGGCAGGUUAUGGUUGUCUUCCAUUUCUAAGCUUAUUUUUUCUUUUUUUUUUUUUUUUUUGAUUGGUGUUUUACGCCGUACUGAAGAAUAUUUCACUUAUACGACGGCGGCCAGCAUUAUGGUGGGAGGAAACAUUUUUAACACCCUGUAAUUUAUGCUGGGGGUGUGUUGCCUCUCAGCCAAUGAGAGUCGUUAAAACUGCGGGCUUGUUCGUGUAAAAUCGGAACCUACGUCCCAAAAUUCCGGUUUCCUGAUCAUCAAGCGGAAAACAAACUGUACUGUUCGCUACCUUCUGGGAAGAAGAGAGCUACCGGAAAUAUACGAACUGCACUUCGGCGGUUUCCGACGGCAAUUCUCUUCCUAUCUCAAGACUUCAGGACUAGUUCUUAGGCAAAAUCGAGUCGCCCACAGCGGAUUUUAGCGCUGACUUUAUAAUUUAUAAACUCGAGGUAUAUGUUGGAAUUUUUUUUAUGGCAUGCACCUGCGAGGAAAUGCAUACUCUUUUCAAUGGAAUUUGUUUGAUAUUUACAUUUUCUUCUCUAACUUAUCGCCGUUAAAAUCCACGGUUUUAAUUUACCUCAGACGCGUAUUGCAGUGCAUAAAUUAUUGAGAAAAUAAACACUGGAACUUCAAUGUAUUUUGUGAGGCUUUUCAAUUACCAACUAUUUCAGCAGAAUUUAGUAUUUGGCUUAAAAGUACAUCUACAGUUAUCAAAAACAUAACUGGCUUUCUAUUAUGAUGCAACGUGACACAUUUUGUUUUGAGAAAAAGGGUGACUAGAGUAAAUUGUUUUGUGUUAUGCUUUUGGUAGGCAGUGCUGAAAUAGUUAUGCAUGUUAAGUGAUGGUGGUAUAAGAUGACAGAAUGCCUAAGAGAGUCCCGAAUUUGAGAUGUUAUCAGAGCUACAUGUAAACACUCCAGCUUCUAGGUGGGAAUGAACUAUCAAAUCAUCUGCCCUCAUUUAUUUUUAUUUAACUGAGUUUGUGAGUUGUUUUCGGUACAAAUCGGGGUCUGAGCACAAAGCCUUAUCACAUAAGUCUUGGUUGCGUUUGAGGCGGUGAUGAAUAUAUGGAGAUUUAAGAAAACCUGGUAUAUAUCCAGCUUGGUCCUUAAGCAAGAUUUAUAUUAAUUUAUCAGCGAAACGAGGAUUUCCAUCCCGCUUUCGUGGGGCUUUCACUGGUGAAAUUAAUUGAUGCCAUGCCUUGCUCAUAUGGCCGUUUGCGGUCAAACGUUAGCUGAAGACCACUUUUCACCAAUAUGGAGUAAAUAUAUACACGCUACGCGUGAGCAAAUCCAGGAGUAACUUGACAAACGUUCGAUGUUUUUCUCCGGCCAUAAAUGACCACCAUGGUAUAUUAAGGCAAAAAAACCCGAUGUAAAUCAUCUUAUAUGCAGUCAAUCCUUGCAUGAUUGGACGGAGGUGGUUUAACCCCACAUUUGUUGUAUAUCAGUUGUGUCGUAGUGAUGUGGUUCGUGAAGUGGGAGGCCGACUGAACGGAUUCCGUACUAGGUAGUGCGUUUUAUGAAGAAAAAGCUUUGUAACAUAGAUUUAAGCCUGAAAGACCUGAAAAGUGUCAUUCUUCCACCUUUUCACGUUUGCAAGGUGUUUAUUGAGGCAUUCUGAAGGCAUUCUGUGUACACUGAUAAAGUUAUACCUUUUGUGAAAUUUGAGAAUCCAACCGAAGUUGUUUUGUCUCCAAAAUCACAAUAUAAAUGCGAAUAAGCUGCUCUUUCAUAUGCCAAAACUAAAGGUGGAUGGAUUAG